GCAUUUAUAUAUACCUAGCAUACCAUUUAAUUCAUUAACUUCCAAUUAACAAUGAACUAUACUACAAAGUCUAUAGAAAUAAGUGGCUUUACAAUUUUACAAACAACAUCAACACAAUACUAAGCUAAGCUMUCCUUAACAAUAUUUAUAGAUAAUUCAAGUUUAGCACUGCUUUCAUAUUUUAAAUAACAAUAUAACAUUAUACUGCACUGCAGUGAAUAAAGUAUGCCAAUAAAUGCCAUAAAAACAUUUAGUUAUUGCCCCCUUUAUUUUUAGUUACUUGAUUUUAUAGGUGAUGGAUCCGUGUGUAGUACAACCUCAAGUAACGAUAACGGAGGAGAUGUUGAUGCAUUUUUACUUCAGAACUCACCUCAUCAUAGUAUUGUUCAAUAUCCAGCAUUUCAAUAUGAGGGAAACAAUUCUGCUUCAGCAAAUUCUUUGAAUAAUACUCCAAUUGCUUCUAGGAAAAAUCCUAUUGAUUAUAAAACGUGUAUUGUCACUACAACUACUGAAAAAGCAGGUAAACCGUUUUUGCUUAAAUCUAUUAAAAGACCAGCAUCAUUAGUAAUGAACAGACUGGAUGAUGCAGACACAAUACCAGAAACAAAAAAUUGUAUACAAGCUAGCGGAAUUGUAAAACAAGGUAUUGCAGGCUCAGUUGGCAUGUUAAGUUGCUUAGUAGCGAGUACAAGUUGGGUCCAACAACCACCUGCAGUCACUAUAUCACCAGUUUGCAGCAAUGAAAAAUUACCAACGAGUCCACCACAAGAUACAAAUCAUUCUUCAGCAGUAUGUGCCACAGCAAGCAGUGAUGAUGAAAGUACUCCUCUUGUAUCAGAUAUGUCGUCACCACAAUCUGACCACUUGCAAUCAAAUACUGACCGAUUAGACAAAGUGUAUACAUUUAAUGGCAUGUACUAUAAAGAAAACUCUCAACAUUCUUUGACUUCUCAAUUAUCUUCAAAAAGUACUGAAUCUUUACAAUUGAGAUCAGAAGGCGGAGGCUGUUCAUUUGAUGAAGAUAUAGAUCUUCUUCGUGGCAUUAAUAGCAUACAAUCUGGAUCAAGGAGAGUAUCAUUUGAUAGCGAUAUCAGCAUAUUAAGCCAUCCAUAUGACUGGAACGAUCCUGAAACUAUGGUGUAAAUACUAAAAACUACAGUAUGAUAAUAUUAUUACAAACAUGUUAAUUUAUUUGACUGUAUAUUAUUAUAUUYAU